UCGCGAUAGUCUUGGCAUUCUCGCACCCGGAGGCACAAGCAACGCCGGAGCACAGCCACCAACGUCUCUCACUUCUCUUGCUUAUCCAACUCAACUUCAAUUCAAUCCCAUUACAUACACGUCAAUCAGAAGCACUCGGUAACAAGAUGCAGCGCCGUAUGCUCACCAAAGACGAAGAGGCCUCAGCCCAAAGUGAGGACCUGGAGGUGCGCCGCGAGGAUCAAGAGAAGAUCAACAAAUUCAGUUCUCUGCAUCAGAAAGAAGAGCUCCUAGAAGAAGAGCUGAGGGCAAAGAUUAAGGAGAAGGAAGACCUGGAGGAGAUCUCAGGCGAACUCGAACUGGUUGAUGAAGAGGAGAAAGUACCAUACAAAGUCGGGGAUUGCUUCGUCUCAUUACCCCAACCGCAGGUCCUUGAGCUUCUGGGCUCAUCAACAGAGACCAUUGACAGUGAGGUAGAAGCUCUCAAGGCCAAGCUGGAGGGUAUCCAAGAAGAGAUGGGAGAGCUGAAGAAGGCGCUCUAUGGCCGCUUUGGACGCAGCAUCAACCUCGAGACGUAGGCAAUGCAUAUGCUAUAGACUUGCAGCAUUGGUUCGUCGACGGGCACGCAUGCAACAGCAAUCGAAAUGCAAUGAAAGUUCCAGUUCGCAAUCGCAAUCGCAUUCCGAGACGAGUCGAAUUCCGAAUCGGCGUUCAUGAAUUCCUAAUGUAUACCGUCGGACUACACUAACG